AUGCUGGCAACAUUGGCUCUUAUCGUCAAAUGUUCCCUUUUGAAGCCUAUUCAUGAUACAAUUAUCUAUCAAUAUAAGAAUAAUCUACCACUCUACUACGUACCGAAUCAUAUAUGCAGUAUUAUGAGUAUGAACUCAUUUAAUGUUAUAACAUUUCCUGUAGCUUGCUGUCUGAUACUCAUCUGCAUUGUGAUAACAAAAAGGAUCUCGUUAUUACCUCAUCAAUGCCAUGGAUAUGUGGCACCGCCCAUACCAGUCGAUUUUCUCUCCCAUAUCGACCGGAAAUUUGCGUCCAUGAUUUUUGCCAUUUGUGCUGAUGAACUUUUUGAUAUUGUCAGACGCUUUUUUAGUAAUCGUUCAUCGACGAACAGGGAAGGCAUCAUUCUCCAAUAUCUUGAACGCAUCCUCGAAGUUGUGAUUAUUGGCCUUCGUUAUUACCCACUCUUGGCCACAGUCUAUCUCGAUACGGCUUUAGCAUUGGCCUGUGGCACAAUAUAUGCCUGGCUCGAUUUUUCUAUCACCAUCGCCAAUCAAGCGAUGUGUACAUCGGAUUACUAUUUUACUCUUGACGAAUAUAACACUUCAGAUAAUGACAGUUCAUUGAUUGAGAAACUCGAGUAUUAUGGUACAGACUCACAGCUAUUAGUUCUUCAACUAUGUACUGAUAUUCCGAGAUUCUUGUGUUUGGCCUAUGUUGGUAUAAAAUUGCCAGCUUUAUUGAUCAGUAAGAUUUAUAAACAGCUGAGAAAAGACUCAUUGUCUCUUGAAGAUCAAAUUUUACUGAAAUUGACCCGCGAAGAACGCGUAAUAUUACGCGCAUCGCAGCCAGAUUCGUCUGAAAUGCUCUAUCUACAAAAUCUUUUCCGUUCACCCGAUCAACGACUAUGUACUCAGCAUCGGUUUGGUCGACUUAUACCAAAAUGGAUCUACGAAUGGCGAGAUGAUUUCUAUUUUUCUGCCCGUGUUCUCUGUGUCUAUUCAGCAACGAUUCUUCUGAUAUUUUUCAUCACUGUGCAAGCGUGUGUACAAAUUCUACCAACUUUACAUUCUAUCCAAAAAAUAAUUCAAGAUUUUUUCGAUCUUCUGUCAUCUUUCGACAAUACCGAUGAAGAUAUUAUGUUUUCAGCUACGGAAAGUAAACCAACAAACUCUCAAUUUCCAGUGCCAAACUUAGAACGACCCUAUGCAUUAGCAGUAGUAACAACUGUGCUCAUCAUAGUCGUUCAGUCGCUUGUAUUGCUAGCAAACAUUCAUCGAAUCCUAUUGCAAUCAUUUCGUGGAGAUGAUAGCGAAAUUCCACGACGAAAACCAUCAAAAUAUAUCUCAUAUGCCACUGGAAAUAUGUAUUUCGCUGGAUACUUUAUUGGUUAUCUUAUCUGGGGUUAUAUUCUCAUUGCAGUUUUUGCAAGUCUUCUAUGGAUUUCUUUCGAGGCUUUAAUUGUCUAUCGCAAUGCUCAACUCUUAGAGUCAAUUCUCAAAACUAUUAUUCCUUCGCUUUUGUUAAUUAAUUUCAAGGCAUAUCUAAAUAAGAUCCUAGCUCAAUACGUUUUCCUUCAACAUGCUGGUAAAGUGCUUGCCAUGAAAAAUCGUCGAAUUAGUACAGCUUCGCCAAAUCUUUUUUUCGCCGACUCCAACUUCGCCGAAUAUAAUUUUCGCCGACGCCUAUUUUCGCCGACUCCAACUUCGCCGAAUAAAAAUCUUGACCGAAAAAUAUCGAAUCAAAUUUGA